AUGGAGGAGGGGCUGCCUGCGGCAUGCUGUUCUCUUCAUCCAGAUCAGCCCAGGGUGUACCAGGGCGUCCGAGUGAAGACCACGGUCAAAGAGCUGCUGCAGAGGCACCGAGCCCGGGAGGCCAGCAGCAAAAAGCUGAGACCGAUUGGACAGAUCUCCCAGGGCUGCUUGGAUCUCCAGGAUCUUUGCGCGACCACUUUUGCAAACGUAAAUCCGUCAGCUCGCUAUGUGGACCCCCCUCCGUCCAUCCCUCCAGCUGAGCCCAGCAGCUGUGGCGAGCGAGCUCUCCAGAUGCGCACCGCCCAGUUCCCAGUUCCUGACAGCUCCUGCAGCCUCCAGAGCAUCCAGGAGGAUGCGUUCACCCAAAUCCAGAAGCAGGUUGGCGACAUGGCGUAUCCCAGCACCUGCUACAGUGACAGCAGCAGCAGCAGCAUCAUGAACAACAGCAACUUCAACAACAUCGGUGGCGGCGGCUACAACUCCUGCCAGCCUCCCUCUCACUCCCUCUCGCUGCAGUGGCAUUAUGGACUCACCCCAGAGGCCGACUAUUAUGGGCAUGGGAUGGCUCCCGGCUCCCCGCCAGAGUCACGGAAGCUCUGCAGCCCCGUGGAUCACAACAGCUACUCGCCGCAGGACUCUUUCUCCUCCUCCUCCUCCUCCUGCUACGACUCGCCCACCAGGAUGGAGUCCAGCCACCACGGCUUCUCCUCAGAGCACUACCAGCACUGCAACCUCCAGGACUGUUACUGCCUGCCCCACUGUUGGCCAGGCCAGCAGGAGAGCUUCUCUGCCCCCGAAUACACGCCUUACUACAACCCCACAGACUAUCCAUACACUUGCACCGUGGAGGAGAACUAUUUAAUGAGAGAUUUGCAGAUCCCUGAGAUGUGCUACAAUGUACUAUGA